GCUGCGGCUCCUGUUGCUGGUAAGAAAAAAAACGGGUAAAAGGUUAGCCAGCUAAAUACAGCUAAUUUAUUCAUUGAUUCGCGUCUCUCAAGAGGAGCGGAACUCUUCAAGCCCCUGAGGACUGUGGGUACAGAGGGCAGAAGCCAUGUCCGGCUCCUACGAUGACUCCAUGGUCGACGUCUCCAGUGACAGCUUCUGGGAGGUGGGGAACUACAAGCGGACAGUGAGGCGGGUGGACGAUGGCAGUCGCCUGUGUAACGACCUGAUGAACUGUCUCCAUGAGCGGGCGCGCAUCGAGAAGUCCUACGCACAGCAGCUCACAGAGUGGUCCAAACGCUGGAGACAGCUUAUAGAGAAGGGCCCUCAGUACGGGACCCUGGAGCGGGCGUGGGGUGCCCUGUGCACGGAGGCGGAGAAGGUGAGCGAGCUCCACAUGGAGGUGAAGGCGGUGCUGAUGGGGGAGGACUUUGAGAAGCUCAAGGUGUGGCAGAGGGACUACUACCACAAACAGAUGAUCGGAGGCUUCAAGGAGACCAAGGAGGCUGACGACGGCUUCCGCAAGGCCCAGAAACCCUGGGCCAAGAAACUGAAAGAGAUGGAGACGAUGAAGAAGGCGUACCACGGGGCCUGUAAGGAAGAGAAGCUGGCCACCAGCCGGGAGAACAACAGCAAGUUGGAGAACAACAGCAACCCUGAGGCCCAGAAGAAAAUGCAGGACAAGGUGGAGAAGUGCCAGCAGGAGAUGGAGAAGACUAAGGAGCGCUAUGAGAAGUCUCUGGAGGAGCUGGACAAGGUGACUCCCCAGUACAUGGAGAACAUGGAGCAGGUGUUUGAGCAAUGGCAGCAGUUUGAGGACAAACGCAUCACCUUCUUCAAAGAACUUCUGCUGGAAGUCAAGCAUCACCUCGACCUCUCCACUAAUCACAAAUUCCAGACAGUCUACCACACGUUGGAGGACACUAUCUCUGCUGCUGACGCUGUGGAGGACCUCAAGUGGUUCCGCUCCAACCACGGUCCUGGCAUGCCCAUGAACUGGCCCCAGUUUGAGAAUGUGGACUGGUCCCGCUCCUCUAGGUCCAGAAGGUCCAUUGUAGACUGGUCCAUAGAUUUGAACCGUACACUGAGUCGGCGAGAGACUAAGAAGAAGCCCUCCGAGGGAGUCACCCUGACGGGCAUCAGCCAAAUGGAAGAGCAGCAGGCAGCCAAGAGCAGCAGCAGCCUGACUGUGCCCACUAGCACAGAGCCGGUGGGUUCGAACCCCUUCGAGGAUGACGACGACGAGGAUCUCCAGGGGACCGUGAAGGAACAGCCCGCUGUCGUCAACAACAACAACAGCAGCAGUCCGCUCAAUGUCAAAAAAGUGGAGGAAGUGAAAAUCGCCAGUAGUGUGGAGAAGUCGCAAGAGUGGUCGGAUGAGGAGACUGGGGUGAACCCGUUUUCCAUUGAGGAUGCCAACGGCGAUGGGAACCCGUUUGAGGUGGAGCCGGCGUCCUCGGGGGUGUCCGUGGCCGUGCGUGCCCUCUACGACUACGAAGGACAGGAGCAGGAUGAACUCAGCUUCAAAGCAGGCGAGGAGUUCACCAAGAUAGGAAAUGAGGACGACCAGGGCUGGUGCAGAGGGCGCCUGAAAGACGGCGUGGUGGGCCUCUACCCCGCCAACUACGUAGAAGACAUCCAGUAAUGACCGAGCGAGGGACGAGGAGGAAAACGAGAGAGAGGAUGGGGUGAAGAGGAAAAAGGAAGUGGAGGAGAUGGGGCAGGAGGGUGGGCAUGGUAGGCCUCGCAUUCGCCCCUCACCCUCUCCCCCUACGUGGGAGUGAGUGAGUGAAUGAGUGAGUGAGUGAAUGAGUGAAUGAGUGAGUGAGUGAGUGAGUGAGUGAGUGAGUGAGUGAGUGAGUGAGUGAGUGAGUGAAAGGGGUGGCAGAAGGAAGGGGUUUGCCCAUCGAAGAGGAUGAUGUUGUAGCUCUCUCUGUUGUAUCUUCCUGGAUCCCAUGUCGUUAAGCACAUCUUCCUACAACUACAGCCUGCCCUUAUUGUCAGCCUUUAUGAUGGGACACCCAGUACAGAGUCUAAAGCCAGCUGCAAAAGCAAAUGUUACUUAAAGCCAUUACUGUUACAGAAGAAAAUAUAUAAAAAGCUAUUUGAAACAUGUUACCUUCCAAUUGUAGCUUGAAGUUAUGAAGACGUUGAAAGAAUUAACCGAUUUAAAAGAUGUGAACAGACAUGGGAGAGGAUAUACAUGUGUCCCAUUCGCGAGGUCUAGCACAUUUUAGAUUUGAGUUGAAACUGAUUGGAGACCUAAAAGUAAUCUCAGUUGAAUCUUUUAAUUCAUUUUUGUCAUAGACAAUUGGUGAUACAUAUUUUUAGUUCUAUGGAUCUGAUUCUAUUGUAACACCAAUUUGCAGUCCAGGAUCUGAUUUGGUAGUCUUAUGUUGAAAUAAGGGGAAUUCCUAAUUGUAUGUUAUUUCUUGCUCUGUUUUGAGCGUCCUUCACCCCAUCCUUUUGACAGUAAUCAAGGUUUUAUUUUUUUUCCACAUGAAAGCCAUUUGUCUGAAAUAUCAGAACCUACAACCCUGUUUUCUUAUUUGACUUUUCAAAUGUUUUAAGAAAAGGGCUUGGAAUUCAUGGCAGUGCCGGUUCAGAACAAUUGUCUUUCUUAUCUGAUGCUUAUAGUUCAGAUUUGUCUUGUUAUGCCUUUUUUUUGUAUUUUAAAUCUGAUUUAUGUUUUACUCAGCGAAUAGUUGAUGAAUGAGAGAAACCGAGAUGAUGAAUUAUAUCCAGUUCUUCCACCGUCACCAACCAGCCUGGUCUCAGAGCAUUUCAUAUUAUUCUGUAAAUGCUCUGAUACCAUGUUGCGCCAACCCACAUUUUAACAAUAAGUGACGCACUCAGAAGUUCUCCUGUAACCUUUACCCCUCAACUUUAAUUGAUUGUAUAUUCUUUAAUUGUUUCAUUGUAUCGGCACACCUAUUGAUUGUACACGUUUGCUGGUCAUUCAAGUAUCAGGGACAUUCACCAGGGCACAUAGGACUCUGGCCAAACGUAGCACACUAUGUAGGGCAUAGGGUGCCAUUUGUGACAGCCUCUAUUCACUCAAUUGACUUCACAUUCUGUUGGUUGAUUUUUACAUCAUGUGGAUGUUGUUUUGUCUUUCCACACUGAAUGUUUGGCAAUAAGGUGUGUCACUUGAAGCUAGGAGCUUUAGCUGUAGCUUGCACUGGAUGUCCAUUCAAAGCUUUGGGAGAAUAUACUUUUUUUUGUGGCAGCAAAACAAUGUUGCACGUUCAGCAAUAAAAACCACAGCUUUUACUGUUUUUCACAAACUAGAGGGUCCGAUUUAAUAAAAGUAUGUUUGCAUGUAAAUAGCGAGGAACCUAUGAACAAAUUUAAGCAGUUAUAGAUUAGGGAGUUGUGAUUUAAAUUUAUAUUUGGAAAUCAAGGACUGUUAAUUUAUAAGAUGCCUUAAGUGCUUUUGUUCUCUGUCAGAUGAAAUGCUGUGAUUCGGAAACAAAUCCAUUUGUACAAUAAUUGAAUGUUUUAUGGCGAAUGUCUCGUGAAUUUGCUGUCUUGUUGUGUUUGUAAAUAUAAUGUAUCUCCAGAGGGGCCAGAGCCUACUUAUGAUUAGUAAUUGCCAAAUAACUGUGAGUAUUUCUCAUUUUCUUUUAAAAGUUCAUGAUUGACAAACACCACACCCUUAACGCCACCACAUGUGCAUUACCAGUAUUGGCAAACUAUAUCUGUUAUUUAGGACCCAUCCCAAUUCCCAUCUCGAGUAUAGGUUUCUCCUAUUGGGAGUUGACGUUAUGGCUCUUACAUUGUUGUGAGUACAUUCUUUAGCAAACACUGUUUACGCAUGAUGCUCCUGGAAAUAUCCCCUACAUUUUAUGCCUACAACCGCAUAUCGAGAGGAAGAUUGAUUUGGUUUGAUAUUAGUUUUCUGUCAGUGUGAGAGGUUAUGCUGUGCGUUUCAGGUCAUGAGAUGUAUAUCAUUGGUUUCAGGUCAUGCCAUCAACAGAACACUGCAGCACACUUUACUUGCACAACUCAGUUUGCCAAUGUUAUCCCACAGCAUACAUUAUAAAUGAAUUGAACGAAAAGA